ACGCGAACCUGAGUGCUCACCAGCUCGAGCUUGUGCCUUCAUGAAUCUUGAUUUCAGUGUUUAGUUUUUUGUGUGUUGUUUUUACUACAUUUAUAUAACUUUUAUAAUAGCAAGUACUGUUGAUAAAUAGUGUAGAGUUGUGCUUCUAUUUAGAAUCGAUAUAGUGGACAUACUGUUGAUAUAGCUAAAAAAUAGCUUCUGCUACAAUGCUAGACAGACCAAUGCUAGCUAGAAUGGAUCAGAUGAAAGCCAAAGACGAUACCGCAGUACCCAGCCGUGUCUACUCCUCAGCUCCGUCGUCCAGGUGCAACUCUCUGAGAAACAGGCGCGGCGGCAGCGUCAAGAGGGACAAGAAACGGAACCACACGAUGACCAGAGCCAACAGCGUCAGUCUCCCAGACUGCACGGACUCCCAGGCUCGAAUCAGCAUGCCCUUGUCCAGAAAACAAUGCCCUCUGUGCACCGUCCGCUCCUUUAAAACCACAUCCAAAGGCAUCGUGGACUCGGGCAGCUUCUCAAAGUCCCUCAGCUCCAACAGCCUCCUCUCCUCCGGCAGUCUGAACACCUCCCACGGGAGCGUGGACUUCUGCAGCAGGAGCACCUCUGUGGAGAACAACAGAGAGAGCAGCGUGGACUCGGCUGAUGAGUUCGACAACAGCUACAGCUACGUGGCCAUCCCCUCCUACUUCAGGACCCUUGUUCUGGGUGCCCAGGGGGUGGGGAAAACCUCCCUGGUCCAGCAGCUUACAAGAUGCGAGUCCUUGCCUGAAGACGAUGAGGUGAGAAACUCCGACAGUGGCGCCAUUGUGUCGGUACAGCUGGAUGGCCACGAAUCAACAAUGGAGUUCAUCAGUGGAGCAGAUUUGUGUGACCUUGAGUGCUACAAGGCAGACGCCUACGUGUUGGUGUAUGCGGUAUCCGAACCCGAGUCGUACACACGCGCCACCACGCUGCUGAACUACCUACGUCAGGACUUGGGAACUGACCGCACCAUCUUUCUAGUCGCCAACAAAUCGGACCUGGUUAGACAGAGGGUCGUACCAUCUAGUGAAGCCAAACGAUUCGCACAGAAUAACGAAUGCCGUUUCCUGGAGACGUCCACUGCCCUGAACAUGAACAUCGACGAGCUGCUGGUCGGGAUCCUGUGCAACAUCAAGAAACAGCUGACCCCCGUCAGGGAGGACGAACAGGAGAACAAGUUCCAUUCCAAGCCCUUCACCGCCGAGAGGAGGACGAGGUCGCCCAAGCGGGCGCUGUCGGCACUCAGCAACUUCCUCAAGCAGGCGUGUCGGCGGGACGGCAAGAAACGUGACGUCACACCGGCAUCGCAACUAGCGUAAACAUUCGUUAUUUUUUUAUUUUUUUUAUUUUGUGUUCUGGCCGCAGCAUCUAUAUUUCAUGAAUUGUUACUUUUGGUUAUGCAGAAGUUGUUGUAUAUUGAUAGUACGUUGUUGUAUAUUGAUAGUAGAAUGCAGUACACUAUCAGUAAGUUGUAUGUUACCCUAACUAGCAAACCUCUAAUGAUAUUUAGUUAACUCUUUUUCCCCGUAUUAGAGUUCUAAGUAUAUUUUUCUAGAUAUUCGUUGUUUUUAGAUAUCUCGCUCAUGAUUGGAAUAUAACUGUUUAAUGUAGAAACAUGUGUUUAGACCUAAUUUAGUGUUUCUUAGAGCUGUCUCCUUACUUUCAUAUCCAAACAAGGUUUAUCCCUGCAGUAUAACGGUUAUUUGUUACAAGUUUGUAGUAACUUUGUUACGAAUGUUAGCUGCUAACAGCGACAGUCAAACCGAGUUAGACAAACUGUUUCAUGAUCAAACGUACUCCUAGGUUAACCUUCUAGGUAAUGAAUACCAAAAGAAAGGUAUUCAAGUCUCUUUGUUAAACUUGUCUUCUCUUUAAUGUUACAUAUUGUACUCCCUAAAUGUUGGAUUGGAUUAAUUUAAAUAGAUUUCCUUUCCUGUCAAGUAGGACAAAUAUCCGUUGUUGUUUACAAAGGAAAGAUUGUGCUACACAGAGAGGGACGUGGUUUGUGUACAUUGUUAAAAUGCCUUAUCAGCCCACGGGGAUGCCUGAACUCUUGGCUCACCCCAGCUUGCAUAUCCGCACAGCUAUUCCAAAUUUAAUAGAAAGUCGAUUCCGACCUUAAGAUAGUUUGUAAACAGUUGGGAAGAAAUGUAGAGAUCGAUCAGCUUAUAACGCAGCGUCUAGCAGGCUUAUGCAGGCAUCUGUUUGCUCUGUUUGUAAAUUGCAAGGCUUUUGGUGUUCGUUUCGCUAACAAUUCAAAAGCCUGCACCGUAUACAAACGUUCAGACAGUUCCCAGAGUGCUCCAGCCAUCCUACCAUACUCUCAUACUUUUUUCUUUUCUCUGUGAGAGCGGUAGAGGCAGGGGUUUGGUUCUAUAUAUACAGGGCAGGGGUUGAAGCCCUGUUUUAUAAAUACAGUCCCGGUCUUGUUUUAUUUUAUCUAAACAUCCUUAAGAGUGGGCGGGGCUAUGACGUCAUGGAGAGUCACCCACGCAGACGACGAAUGAUUUUGAUUGAAACCGAUAAGAUUGGUCACUCAUUAUUCUGUGUCUUGAUUUGCUGAUUUGAGAUUAUUUUCAAUCGUUGAUUGAACAAUGAGCAAUCAUGAUUGUACGUAGCUGGCUAGGUGUCAGACUGGUAUUGUGUACAGGAUGUGACGUUGCACACGUUGAUCCUGCUGUUGUUAAAGCUUACCCUGUGUGUAGAUUUCCUACGAGAAUACCAUGUGUAGUUUUAUCUCAUUUGAGUUUUACUCAAAUUGACUUUUCGUUCUGAUUGUAUACCUAACAUAUAUGUUAAUUAGAUUAUUAACACUUUAACCUUAUUAUGUGCAUACCAUUCCCAAUCUCACAUACCAUUAUUCCUUAACACCGUCAUUAAAAUAUUCCUUGUAAAUUACUGUACAGUUGUCCAUUAGAAUCGAACUAGAUAAUACUUGUCAUGUUAAUAUUUUUUCGUGUAUUCUUUAGUAUUCAAUGUAAUGUAAAUAAAACAGUCUUUUGAAUUAUAAAACAUAGGUUUUAUAACAAGUCCAAAUGAAUUAUAAUCUUAAUAUGUCUUUGUAGUUUACUUUGUAAGACAUUGAUUCAUCUGUUGCAUUGUUUAGAUAAUGUGUUGAACAGACAGGAAGCUAAUAGAGCUCUUUGAAGGUGAAGAUUUGAAACCAGUCAUGCGCAAAAAGACGUGAAAUGACGCGAUGAGUAAAAUUCUUUCAGCUGUGAAAUUGGGGAAAAAUUGACCCGAGGCAUACAGUAAUUUAAAUUUUCCACACCCAACGUAUGGCACGUGUUCAUUACAAAUAUUGAAAGUUCAGGUUCAUGUGGUUUCAAGUUCAAUAACGAAUUACUUUUUUAAAAUUUGCAAUAAUGUUCAUAUAUUGUUUAUUCAAAUGUAUUAUUGAUUAAAUACUUGAUGUAAAUAUACGUUCAUUUCAAAUGGUUGGAAAACUACAACUUUGCUACAGAAAAUAUGUAUAAAAUGAGUUGAGAAAUAGUUGUUGAUAUUCUAUUGCAUAAUACUGGAUUAACCCAAGUUGCAGUUGCUUUAUACAUAUAUAUGUAUAUAUA